CCUCCGAUUGAACCCUAAAUUCGAGAAGCCAUGGCAGAAGUCUCCAGCUGACAAUCGAAAUAUAGAAGAAAUUUCAUCGUUGCUUCAUUGAAAUCAGCGCAGAAAAUGUUAAUCGUUUCGAUGAAAGCAUUAAUUCCUCCAUCUCUUCAUAUUCCCAAAGCCCAAUCUUUUGCUCUCCUCUCCGUGGCUUCAAAGUCCGGUCUCUGCGAAUCCCGUCCUCUGGGCAAUUUGGGGUUUGCUGUGAAGAGUCUCGACCGGUCCUCUUUUAUGGCAGUUUCCAGACGAGAACUGCAGACGGAGGUAUCCAACUCGUCGUCCUUACCUUCUUCCGGUGAGAUUCACGUUGUUGUUGGUCCUAUGUUUUCCGGGAAAACCACGACGCUUCUCCGCCGGAUGCUAUCAGAGAGGAAUAAUGGCAGCUUUCAGGUGGAGCAUCACACAGAUAAAGUCCAUUUGGAUAAGACAUUGAGGGGUCUAUGUAUUACGGGGAGAUUGAAUGAAGCUGUUGGGCUGCUAUGGCGUAGUGGGUCAAAAGUCAGGUUGCAGACUUAUAGUCUACUGUUGCAAGAAUGCAUACACAGGAAGGAAUAUGAGCAAGGCAGAAGAAUUCAUGCUCAGAUGGUUAUCCUGGGAUAUUCCCUCAACGAGUAUCUGAAAACCAAAUUGUUGAUAUUGUAUGCCAAAUCGGGGAGUCUUGAAAUUGCUCAGGACCUUUUUUGCAGCUUGCAACAGAGGGAUGUGAUCCCUUGGAAUGCGAUGAUUUCUGGGUAUGUGCAAAAGGGUCUGGAAGAAGUGGGGCUUUAUUUGUAUUACCAGAUGAGGCACUGUGGAAUACUACCGGACCAGUUUACCUUUGCUUCAGUGUUCAGUGCCUGUGCUGGGUUGGCCUGGCUGGAACAUGGGGUGAGAGCCCAUGGUGUUAUGAUAAAGAGCCAUGUUAAGGAGAAUGUUGUAGUUGAUAGUGCCCUUGUCGAUAUGUAUUUCAAAUGCUGUAGUCUUUCUGACGGGCAAAAACUAUUCAACCAAUUGUCAGUUAGAAACGUGAUUACUUGGACAUCGUUGAUAUCUGGUUAUGGGUAUCAUGGAAACGUUAUGGAGGUGUUGGAAUGCUUUAAUAAGAUGAAAGAAGAAGGCGUUAGACCAAAUUACAUAACAUUUUUGGCAGUUCUCAGUGCGUGUAGCCAUGGAGGUUUAGUCGAUGAAGGUUGGGAACAUUUCAAGUCAAUGAAUAGUGAUUAUGGGAUAAAACCUAAUGGGAAACAUUAUGCAGCUAUAGUUGAUAUGUUAGGUCGUGCUGGCAGGUUACAGGAAGCAUAUGAGUUUGUUUUGAACGCACCGUGCAAGGAACAUUCUCCAUUGUGGGGUUCUUUACUAGGGGCAUGCCAGAUUCAUGGGAAUGUGGAGCUGUUACAGCUUGCAGCCAAAAAAUAUUUUGAGUUGGAACCAGAGAACGCUGGGAAAUACAUUGUACUGGCUAAUGCAUAUGCAAGUUUUGGGUUGUGGGAUGCUGUGGCUGAGGUUAGGAGGAGUAUGAAGAGUUCAGGAGUGAAAAAGGAGCCUGGUUAUAGCCGGAUUGAAGUUCAAGGGGAAGUCCAUAGCUUCUUAAAGGGUGAUAAAUCUCACAAACUGUCCAAGCAGAUACACAGGAUGACUCGAGAGAUCACCAUGGUGUUAAUGAAUGCUGGCUACGAUUAUGAUCUAACAUAUGGCUAAAAUGCUUAGUUUAUUCUUUGAUAAAUGGUCUGCUGUCUCCCUGCUUAAGCUCUCUUAGCCUGCAUUUGAACAUGUGACUAUCGUGACGUGCAUGUAGCUGAAUGAACUAUAAAGAAUUGCAGUCAUAAAAUCAGAUAAAGAUACAAGGUAUGCUAAGGAAUCAAUAGUGACUCACAAUGGAGAGAAAAUGCCAUGCUGGGCA